AUGGACAAAGAAUUGCGCCAAUCUCCUCCGCUGAGAUCAUACCUGGCUCAGUUUUCAAUGUCCUCCCCUGAACCUGGAAGGGACCAAACGAUGGUGCCUGCUCAGACAAACUCCGAGCCCAGUCCCCCGUCUCCUGACCACUUGCCUCUGAUGCAAGCGGUUCGCAUCUAUCCCAAAAUCGUCGCCUGUGCAUUCGGCCUCGCCUUAGCAUUUCUUCUCACAGGAUACGAUACUGUGAUCCUCGGCACCAUUACGGCUGUACCAUACUUCAAGCACGAAUUCGGUGAACUAUACAAUGGGUCCUAUAUCAUUCCAGCUUCAUGGCUCUCGGUUUGGAGCGCCAUGGGACCAGUAGGGUCGAUGGUGGGCGCAGUCAAUGCUGGGUGGCUGCAAGAUCGAAUUGGACGUCGUUGGUCAUUGGCCUUGAGUUGCUUCGUCUGUGCCGUUGGGAUAGCCAUCGCGUUCUGUGCCGAUCUACCGGAUGAGAUGGAUUCCAGACGCGGUGCCUUUCUUGUUGGUCGAACUGUGCAGGGCUGGGGAGUUGGCGGUGCUAUGGCUGGUGCCCAGACGUAUCUUUCUGAAACUGUUCCAACUUGUCUGCGUGGAUCUGCGAUGGGACUAUCUCCGACCUUCAUGCUUCUCGGCGAACUCAUUGGAGCCGCUGUUAUCUAUGCAUGUGAGAAAAAGACAUCAGCUGCAUCUUAUUUGAUCCCAUUCGGCACGCAAUGGAUCACCACCGUCCUUCCCUUUGUUCUGGUUUGUUGCUUGCCCGAAAGCCCAUCGUACCUCCUUCGGAGAGGAAGAUAUGAUGCCGCCCAUCGCGCUUUAGCAUGGCUUCACACUGAUAAGAUCAACGUCUCUGAGCUUCUUGAUCAAAUGCACCUGUCUCUCAUGCAUGAGGAAUCACUGUCACGAGAGUUGGCCUAUGUUGACUGCUUCAAGGGUGUGAACAGACGCCGGACGAUGAUUGUGGCUUUCUCUUUCGUUGUCCCUAGUUUCUUUGGUGUCCCCCUCUUGGCGAGCGCCAGCUACUUCAUGCAGGUUGUUGGGAUGGAUUCGAGCCUCAGUAUCAUUGUUCUGAUUCUUGGCAUUGUCUUGGGUCUUAUUGCUAACGGGGUUGGCAUCUGGCUUAUGAGUCGCUUUGGCAGACGUUCACUGAUGCUGAGCACUCUGGCAGUCACCACUUUCAUAUGGCUGAGCAUGGGAAUCGCUGGAUGUUGGACCGGCAACAUUGUAAUUUGGUAUACUGCCGCUUGCAUGAUGGCCGUCGUGGUGGUCUGCGGUCUCGGAGCGUGGCCAGCAUCAUAUGCAGUAUCAGGCGAGACUUCAUCUCUUCGUCUCCGUGCUAAGACCCAGGGUAUCGGUGUUUUGUGCUAUAUGUUAUCCAACGUUGUCUUCAACCUUGUUCUCCCAUAUAUCUACAACACGGAUGCGGGUGAUCUGAAAGGCAAAACAGGCUUUGUCUACGCAGGCUUGUGUUUAUUCACUUUUGUCAUAACAUGGCUGAUUGUUCCUGAAAUGAAGGACCGCACAGCUUUAGAGGUUGAUUCUAUGUUUGAAGAAGCUGUGCCCUGUGCACAUUUCAAGAAAUGGAGGCCCGAGGUACUGCCAAGCAAAGAUCAAGUUUCAUGA